AUGGGGGCUGACAGUGCAAACUUAGUCCUGAGGAACAUGCUUAUCGGUCUCAACUUGCUCCUGCUGGGAUCAGUCCUCAAGCCCUUUGAGUGCCGGCUAGAGGUGACAACAGAGCGGAUGAGGAGGCAGGUAGUGGACGAGGAAGGCAACUUUGCCAACUACAGCCCACCUAUCAAGGAGCAAUCCAUGGUCUUCAACCAUGUAUACAACAUUAACAUCCCCCUGGACAGCUUCUGCUCAUCAGCACUCGAGGCGUCAUCUGACCAGGAGGUGAGUUCAGAAGACGACAGGAUGACGGAAUAUACGGAGCAGACCUCAGACAGCGAGAGCCAGGUCACCUUCACCCACAGGAUAAACCUCCCCAAGCAGGCUUGCAAGUGCUUCACCUCUGCCCAGGUCAUGCAGGAGCUUCAGAGCAGAAUUGAGAUGCUGGAGAGGGAGGUGUCCAUGCUACGGGACCAAUGCAACUCCAAUUGCUGCCAAGAAAAUGCAGCUACAGGGCAGCUAGAUUACAUCCCCCACUGCAGCGGACACGGUAACUUUAGCCUGGAGGCCUGUGGCUGCAUCUGCAAUGAAGGGUGGGCUGGAAAAAACUGCUCAGAGCCCCACUGCCCCAUGGGCUGUUCCAGCCGGGGCAUCUGCGUAGAAGGCCAGUGCAUCUGUGACAACGACUACAGUGGGGACGAUUGCUCAGAGCUCCGCUGCCCAACAGACUGUAGCUCCCGAGGCCUCUGCGUGGAUGGGGAGUGCGUCUGCGAAGAAGGUUACGCAGGGGAAGACUGCAGCGAGCUGAGGUGCCCCGAUGACUGCUCGGGAAAGGGGAGAUGCGCCAAUGGCACCUGCAUCUGUCAGGAGGGCUACGUGGGGGAAGACUGCAGUCAGCUGAGGUGCCUGAAUGCCUGCAGUGGACGUGGGUUCUGCCAGGAGGGGAUGUGCGCUUGUGAGGAAGGUUACAAGGGACAGGACUGCUCAGCAGUUGCCCCACCCGAGGAUCUGCGAGUGGCUGGGAUCAGCGACAGGUCCAUUGACCUGGAAUGGGAUGGGCCGAUGGCAGUGACAGAAUAUGUGAUCUCCUACCAGCCAGUGGUGCCGGGGAGCCUUCAGCUCCAGCAACGGGUGCCUGGGGACUGGAGCGCUGUCACCAUUAAGGAGCUGGAGCCGAGCCAAACAUAUAACAUCAGCAUCUACGCUGUCAUCAGCGACAUCCUUAGCGUCCCCAUUACUACCAAGGUGACUACCCAUCUCUCCACUCCACAAGGGCUGCAGUUCAAGACGAUCACAGAGACCACCGUGGAGGUGCAGUGGGAGCCCUUCGCUUUCUCUUUUGACGGCUGGGAGAUCAGCUUCAUCCCCAAGAACAACGAAGGUGGCGUCAUCGCACAGCUUCCUAGCAGUGUCACCACUUUCAACCAGACUGGACUGAAGCCUGGGGAAGAAUACAUCGUCAAUGUGGUAGCCCUCAAGGAGCAAGCCAGGAGCCCCCCAACCUCCGACAGCAUCUCCACCUUAAUUGAUGGGCCAACCCAAAUCCUGGUGCGAGAUGUCUCAGACACGGUGGCCUUCGUGGAGUGGACCCCGCCCCGAGCUAAAGUAGACUACAUCCUGCUGAAGUAUGGCCUGGUGAAUGGGGAAGGGGGGAAGACCACGUUCCGACUGCAGCCUCCCCUGAGCCAGUACUCGAUGCAGGCCCUGAGGCCCGGCUCGCAGUACGAAGUCUCUAUCUCUGGGGUCCGAGGGACCAACGAGAGUGACCCUGCUGUCACCACCUUCACAACAGAGAUCGAUGCACCCAAGAACCUCCGGGUGGGCUUGCGAACAUUGGCCAGCUUGGAACUGGAGUGGGACAACAGUGAGGCGGAGGUGCAGAACUACAAGGUGGUGUAUAGCACGCUAGCAGGCGAGCAGUACCACGAGGUGCUGGUGCCGCGGAACGCUGGCCUGACAACCCGGGCCACCCUCACAGAUCUGGUGCCAGGAACCGAAUAUGGAAUUGGGAUAUCAGCCAUCAUGGAUAGCAAGCAGAGCGUCCCAGCCACCAUGAACGCAAGGACCGAGCUUGACAGCCCUCGGAACCUCGUGGUGACAGCCUCCACGGACACGUCUAUCUCCCUGGCCUGGACCCAGGCCAAGGGCCCCAUAGACCAUUACCGCAUCACCUUCACUCCAGCCUCUGGAAUGGCCUCCGAGGUGACAGCACCCAAGGAUAAGUCUGAGCUGACACUCUCAGACCUGGAUCCCGGUACAGAAUAUACCAUCUCAGUCAUUGCCGAGAGAGGCCGUCAGCAGAGUUUGGAGUCCACAGUGGAUGCAUUCACAGGGUUCCGACCAAUCACACAGCUGCACUUUUCUCAUGUGACUUCCUCCAGCCUGAACAUCACCUGGAGUGACCCCUCCCCUCCGGCAGACAGGUUUAUCUUGAACUACAAUCCCAGAGAUAAGGAGGAGACCAAGCAGGUCACACUAGAUGCCACCAAGAGACACGCCACCCUGUCUGGCUUGCAGCCAUCUACGGAGUAUAUCGUGUCACUGGUGGCUGUGCAUGGUUUGGUCAGCUCUGAGCCCAUAGUGGGCUCCAUCACAACAGGGAUCGACCCCCCGAAGAACCUCACCGUGGGCAACGUAACCAAGGACUCAGUGAUGAUCUUCUGGGCCCCUCCUAUCACAGCUUUUGACCACUACAGAGUGUCCUACCGAUCUGCACAAGGAAGAGCGGACAGCACGGCAGUCGCCAACGACGUCGCUGAAUACAGCCUCAGCCGCCUGCAGCCAGCGACCAAGUACGAGAUCAGCCUGAGCAGCGUGCGGGGCCGGGAGGAGAGCGAGCGGGUCUCCAGCAUCGUGUAUACAGCCAUGGACCACCCUCUGGGUCUGACUGCCACCAAUGUCACCCCAACAGAAGCCCUGCUGCAGUGGAACCCACCUCUUUCCGAAGUCGAGAACUACGUCAUUGUGCUAACGCACUACACGGUUGCAGGGGAGACCAUUCUAGUGGACGGGGCCAACCAAGAAUACCAGCUGAUCAACCUGAUGCCCAGUACCAGCUACAUGGUCACCAUGUAUGCCACCAAUGGGCCUCUCACUAGCAGCACCAUCAGCACCAACUUUACGACUCUUCUGGAUCCCCCGACUAACUUGACUGCCACUGAAGUCACCCGCCGGAGCGCCCUCCUUUCAUGGCAACCUCCAAUGGCAGAGAUCGAGAACUACAUCAUGACCUAUAGAUCGACUGAUGGAAGCCGAAAGGAGCUGAUAGUCGAUGCUGAGGACACCUGGAUCCGCCUAGAGGGGCUUUCGGAGACCACGGAAUACACCGUACGCUUGCAGGCAGCCCAGGAUGCGAUGAGGAGUGGAUUCACCUCCACCAGCUUCAUCACAGGAGGCCGCGUGUUCGCUAAUCCUCAGGACUGUGCCCAGCAUUUGAUGAAUGGCGACACCAUGAGUGGAAUCUACACCAUCUCCAUCAAUGGGGACCUCAGCCAGCGAGUGCAGGUGUACUGCGACAUGACCACGGAUGGGGGAGGAUGGAUUGUGUUCCAGAGACGGCAGAAUGGGCUGACGGAUUUCUUUCGAAAGUGGAUGGAUUACCGGGUUGGCUUUGGAAACCUAGAGGAUGAGUUUUGGCUGGGGCUGGAUAACAUUCAGAAGAUCACAUCGCAGGGACGCUACGAGCUACGAAUAGACAUGCGAGAUGGCCAAGAGGCAACUUACGCCUAUUACGACAAGUUCUCCCUUGGUGACGCCAGGAGUCUGUACAAGCUCCGGAUAGGAGACUACAAUGGCACUUCCGGAGAUUCACUCACCUAUCACCAGGGACGUCCGUUCUCCACCAAGGACAGAGAUAACGACGUUGCUGUUACAAACUGCGCCAUGUCAUACAAAGGGGCCUGGUGGUAUAAGAACUGCCACCGGACCAACCUCAACGGCAAGUACGGCGAGUCCCGGCACAGUCAGGGGAUUAACUGGUUCCACUGGAAAGGCCACGAGUUCUCCAUACCCUUUGUGGAAAUGAAGAUGCGACCCUACAACCACCGUAACGUCUCGGGAAGAAAACGACGGUCCCUACAGCUGUGA